CCCGAGACACCGAUCGCUACUCACAAUGUGUGUGCUAUGUGCAGUGUAAUAGGUUCAGCGGUGCUGUGACACAAGCCUCGUCACCGCCGCGCGUGCAUCAGACACAUUAACUUUCGUCACUUAAACGUUUCAAGAAUACAACAUAGUGCUUUUGGACUUUUCAUACGCAAGACACAAUAAUACAUAAGAUGACGACGUCGCCCACCGUGGUCGCCGUAAUGGUGGUGGCGUUAGGUUGUGCGGCGGCGUUCGAAUACGGUCCAGACCUGGCAGGCCAAUACUGUUCUACUCGACCUAGAGGUUGUUGCAAAGGCCGACAAGACGACUGUACUGUACCGAUACUGGACACGUUGUGUUACUGCGAUGACUUUUGCAACCACACUCGGUCCGAAGACUGUUGUCCCGACUUCUUGUCGUUUUGUAAACACAUAGUUGUUCCCAAACCAGCGCCGACAGUAAACAAACAAUGCUAUUCCAAUGGCCAGACAUAUAAGUAUGGAGAAACAGUCAACCUCAAUUGUAACGAAUGCCGAUGUCAAGAAUCCAAUGGCAAAAUGCAGUUGAUGUGCAGCUCCAACGAAUGUCUUAUCGACACGUACAUUUUGGAUACCCUUAGACACCAAGCGCAUCGGUUCGGAUGGUCGGCCAGCAAUUAUAGUGAAUUUUGGGGUAGAAGAUACGACGAGGGCCUGCAACUGCGGCUAGGUACACUGCAUUCUAAAAAAAAGAUUUUGCAAAUGAAACCGUUAAAAGCCGUAUUCCAGCGAGGUAAUUUGCGACGGUCUUACGAUGCCCGUGAAGUCUGGGGCAGAUACAUUUCGCAGCCGAUCGACCAAGGCUGGUGCGGUGCAUCUUGGGCCAUAAGCACUGUUCAAGUUACCACCGACCGUUUUGGAAUUAUGAGUAAACGCACAAUCGGCGAUGUAUUGUCCCCACAACACCUGUUGUCGUGCAACAACCUAAAUCAACAAGGAUGUCAAGGCGGCCAUUUGACCAGAGCGUGGAAUUGGAUUAGGAAGUUUGGACUGAUCACAGAGGAAUGUUACCCUUGGGAAGGCCAGAUGUCCACGUGCGCGGUUUCAAAAAAGAAGAAAGAGUCUAUGGCGCAGUGUCCGCGUCGCGUAAGAUCCAAUAACGACCGUCUGACCAAAACUCGACUUCACCGAGUCGGUCCUGUUUACCGGGUAGCCACAGAAGAAGGUAUAAUGCACGAAAUUUUGACCUCAGGACCAGUGCAAGCCGUCAUGAAAGUGUCUAGAGACUUUUUCAUGUACAAAUCGGGUGUGUACAGAUGUUCAAAUUUGGCGUCGGGAUCGAGAACAGGAUACCAUUCGGUGAGAAUCGUUGGUUGGGGUGAAGAGUACCAUAACGGUCGGAUUGUCAAAUAUUGGAUUGUAUCAAACUCAUGGGGAAGAUGGUGGGGUGAAAAUGGAUAUUUCCGGAUACUGAAGGGUGUCGACGAAUGUGAGAUCGAAGAUUUCGUCAUCGCCGCGUGGGCAGACGUCGACGACUUCGAUGUGACUGGAAAUCCGCUGGGAUAUGACGUAUUCCUGCUAAACGGUCCAAAGUCAAAUUCCGUUUAAUCAAAUACUGCGGUUAUGAUAUAAGUUCACGUCCGAACCAGAUUGGAAAAAAUAUUCUACUUCACAGCAUCUAAAAUCAUGCUGGACCACAAACAUCAAAAUAUACCUACAUAUAUACUUAUAUACCGUAUAUAAUAUACGUAUGACGAACAAAAGUAGACGACAAAAUAAAUUUAAAAAAAAACAUUUCAUAAACGAACUUUGUUCGGUAUUUAUAAUCACUACUUAUAUGAUAAUAAUAUAUACAUAAUAAAUAUAUAUGUAAAUAUAGUAUAUAUUUAUAUGUAUAUAUAAUAUUACUAUAUUUUACAACAAGCAAAAUACAGUGCACAAAAUAAUUUAUACUUAAACUCAACUGCAUUAUAAAUGACUGAUAAUUAUCUCAAACACAAAGUUUCUAACUAAACAAUUUUUUGUCUUACAAAAAAAAAAACACGGGAGCACCGUGGCCAAUCUACCAUAAAAGGACU